AUGGCACCCAAAAAGAAGACUGUCAAAAAGAACAAAGCCAAUAUCAACGAGAUGACUAUCAUCGUAGAAGACAGCCCCCUCAGCAGACUGAAUGCUCUGAAUGGGCUCUUAGAGGGAGGUAAUGGUCUUAGCUGCAUCUCUUCAGAAUUGACAGACACUUCGUAUGGCCCCAACCUCCUGGAAGGCUUGAGUAAAAUGCGACAGGAAAGCUUUCUCUGUGACUUAGUCAUCGGUACCAAAACCAAAUCCUUUGAUGUUCACAAGUCAGUGAUGGCUUCGUGCAGUGAGUACUUUUACAACAUCCUAAAGAAAGACCCAUCAACUCGAAGGGUGGAUCUCAAUGAUAUCUCCCCGCUAGGCCUGGCCACGGUCAUUGCAUAUGCCUACACAGGCAAGCUGACCCUGUCCUUGUACACCAUCGGAAGCAUCAUUUCUGCUGCUGUUUACCUUCAGAUCCACACACUCGUAAAGAUGUGCAGUGAUUUUCUAAUUCGGGAGAUAAGUGUUGAAAACUGUAUGUAUGUUGUUAACAUUACUGAGACAUAUUCCCUGAAAAACGCGAAAGCAGCAGUCCAGAAAUUCAUCCGGGACAACUUUCUUGAAUUUUCAGAGUCAGAUCAAUUUAUGAAACUUACAUUUGAACAAAUUAACGAACUUCUCAUAGAUGAUGAUUUGCAGUUGCCCUCUGAGAUAGUGGCAUUCCAGAUUGCAAUGAGAUGGUUAGAAUUUGACCAAAAGAGAGUGAAACAUGCUGCAGAUCUUUUGAGCAACAUUCGCUUUGGCACCAUCUCUGCACAAGACCUGGUCAACUAUGUUCAAUCUGUACCAAGAAUGAUGCAAGAUGCUGAUUGUCAUAAACUCCUUGUAGAUGCUAUGAACUACCACCUGCUUCCCUAUCAUCAGAACACUCUGCAGUCUAGGCGAACAAGAAUCCGAGGGGGCUGUCGAGUCCUGGUCACUGUUGGAGGACGCCCAGGCCUUACCGAGAAGUCCCUGAGUAGAGACAUUUUGUAUAGAGACCCUGAAAAUGGAUGGAGCAAACUUACAGAAAUGCCAGCCAAGAGUUUUAACCAGUGUGUCGCUGUGAUGGAUGGAUUUCUUUAUGUAGCCGGUGGUGAAGACCAGAAUGAUGCAAGAAACCAAGCUAAGCAUGCAGUCAGCAAUUUCUGCAGGUACGACCCCCGCUUCAACACCUGGCUCCACCUGGCCAACAUGACCCAGAAGCGCACACACUUCAGCCUCAGCGUGUUCAACGGGCUGCUCUACGCCGUGGGCGGCCGCAACCCCGAGGGCAGCCUGGCCUCGCUGGAGUGCUACGUGCCUGCCACGAACCAGUGGCAGCCUAAGGCGCCCCUGGAGGUGGCGCGCUGUUGCCACGCCAGCGCGGUGGCUGGCGGGCGCGUGCUGGUGACCGGCGGCUACGUGGGCGCCGCCUACACGCGCUCCGCGUGCGCCUACGACCCGUCGGGCGACUCGUGGCACGAGCUGACCGGCCUGAGCACGCCGCGGGGCUGGCAUUGCGCCGUGGCGCUGGGCGACAGGGUGUACGUGAUGGGUGGCAGCCAGCUGGGCCCGCGCGGGGAGCGCGUGGAUGUGCUGGGCGUCGAGUGCUACAGCCCCGCCACGCGGCAGUGGAGCCAGGCGGCGCCGCUGCAGGUGGGCGUGAGCACGGCGGGCGCCUCGCUGCUGCAUGGCCGCGCCUAUCUGGUGGGCGGCUGGAACGAGGGCGAGAAGAAGUACAAGAAGUGCGUGCAGUGCUUCAGCCCCGAGCUCAACGAGUGGACGGAGGACGACGAGCUGCCCGAGGCCACCGUGGGCGUGUCGUGCUGCACGCUGGCCAUGCCCAACAGUGUGACACGCGAGUCCCGGGCCAGCUCGGUGUCCUCGGUGCCAGUGAGCAUCUGAGCCCGGGGCGCCGUGCUACACGCUGAGCUAGCGGAAAGGGAGCCGGGCAGCAUUUACUACAAGGAGGGUCGCGCUUGUGAAUCAGGCUAGGUGUGCAUCUGGGUCGUUUUUAAAUUCUUGGUGUGCAUGAUCUACCUCCCCGCCAAGUGAAUUAGAGGGCGACGGCCAACAAAGGAAACAAUGUGUUUCAGCUGCCACUGGGGGGCAGACAGAAUUCGUGGUAGGCGCGUUUCCCAAAAGCCCAGCGGUGACACCCACAUUUGAGGUCUUUGUUCUGAUCUUUAGGAAGACACGUGAAGCUUCCGUGAGUAAGCAAUUGUCUGUGUUCAAAAGUUUGUUUCCCUUUCUUUUUAAUUUAGGGAUAUGAAAAUAUUCACUUACAGAUUUUAUUUAUUUUAAAAUGGCAGUUGUCCAUAUCCAUAAAAACUUGACUCUAUUUCAGCACAGUUUCUUUUCCUAUAUUCCACUGAAUAAAGGAUUCUAAAAGGCAGCCCAUAACACACCCGUAAAACUUCAAAUCUGGCCGGAAAAGAACAGAGAUUGUUUUGGUAUCUUUGGCUUAGCAGUGACUUUUCCUCUUGCCUCAGGCCCUUGUAUGAAAUCCUGCUCUCAAAGAAAAGAAGAAUUGAUAGUAGCCAUAUAACUCAUAGUGUAAAUUUAAAUCAUUUUGGUUUUUUCUCCCAAAAGUAUUUGCGCUCUAUCCCUCUUUCCUGUAUUAAUGGGAUUUCAGUUAUCCUGGGAGCCUUACCUUACCCUAAUACCGAUAGGGCUGGCUACAGGCAACAUUGACCCUAAGGUAAGCCUGGGACAAUCAGAAAGUUAUAUCCGGAAAGACUGUUACCCGAAGCUUAACCUGGAAGUCCUGCAACCAAUACCUUAUUGGCCCCCACUUAAUGAGAAUGAAGGAAACGCUUGAAAUUGCAUUUGGCAAUGACAGGGAAAGGAGGUCUCCUGUGAGAAAACACUUUUGUGUCCAAUUUCAUACUCAUUCUCCCUUCCUGAUUACGAAUCUAACACAUUCAUUUCAUAUAGAAGUAUUAAAAUAAUGUGUGCUCAUUCUGUUUUAUUUUUAUUAAUCUCAUUUGCUCCAAAUUAGCUUUGCAAAUCAAAAUGCAUUCACCGGCCUUCAUUUUUCUUACAUGUUUGCCAAGUUCGGGGAAAGGGGAAUGAUUGUAGCAAAUGAUACAUAAUUUUCCUUUCUUAGAAUUUAUCACUUCAUUCUUCGAUAGUUUGGGAGAGGAAGUGGCCUAUCAGUAAUGGGUUCUGUGCAAUUGGAUUUUAAAAAAUAAAAAAAUAUUUAAAGGGUUAAACAUAAAAUGUAUGGGAAUGUAACUGGUUUUCAUUAAUUCCAUCUUCUCCGACCUUGGGUAGGGAGAUUAUUGAUGGAGUUAUAUUUAUAUCAAAAGUACAGUCAGCCCUCCUUAUCCAAGGGUUCUAUGUCAAAAAUUCCAACCAACCACAGACUGAAAAUACUUGAAAAAAAUUCCAUCUGUACCUAACACAUACAGGCUGUUUUUUGUUGUCAUGAGUCUCUAAACAACACUUUGAAACUAUUUACAUAGCAUUUUUACUGUAUUAGGUAUCACAAGUAAUGUAGGGAUGAUUUCAAGUAUAUGGGAGGCUGUGAGUAGGUUACAUGCAAACACUAAGUCAUUUUAUAUGAAGAAUAUAAGCUUCCAGAAAUACUGGUAUCAUAGGUUAGGAGGUCCUAGGACCAGUACCCUAUGGAUACUGAGGGACAACUGUACUUAAUUCCAACUGUGAAAAUGGUUCCUAUAAUGCCCUUUGUGGAACAAUUUCAUAUCAUUAACCUUAUGUGUGUCUCUGGAUAUUUGGUGGUAACGCCUCAGGUACAGGCUAUAAUUACCACAUGUUAAGAACAAGACAUUAUUAGUAUAAAAGCACUGGGUUUUCUCCUCAUCUGACCUGGGUAAUGUGGAAUUGCACCAAGCAUAGAGGAGCUGUAAAGGCCUCUGCCCCUUUAAUUCUAUAUCUGCCCAGGCUGGAAAAAACGGCUCUGUGAGAAAGUAGUUUAUGGAGAAAGUUAAAUCACCAACCUCUUAAAUGACAAGUGGUACAAGCUAUGUAUAGCCCUCUCCCUUGAAGCAGCAUUGAUGAAUAAACUUCAUUUCUAAUCAA